AGCAAACAAGUUAUUAAUUACGCAUUAUCGUUGUGUUAGAUAAAUGUUUAAACAAUGUGAAGAUUGUGGCAUUCGAAUGUGGCGGUCUUUUCGGCCAAUCAAAAACGACAGAUGGCGCUCCGCUUUAUUUAUUUUUUAAUAAACAAGAUUAAUAAAAAAUCGUAAAAAAAACACCCUGAGUGGUUGUGUUGCACGAAAAAGGGAAAUACGAUGAUUAAGUGGCCAAAACCGUGUAAAAGCAACAAAAACCUGUGACGAAAUCGUAAAAAUAGUGUGCCGAUUGACAGCUAAAGAAAUAAAUAAAAAUGAGCAUAGAAAAUGAACAAAACUACGACUACAGUAACAUUUUCGUGAAGACGGAGAAGCUCAGCGAUACGGAAAUCGAGUGUGAGGAGGAAAUCCCCGAUUGUGAUAUAAUCAAAGUAGAAAUAAAGGAGGAAUCCCCGGACGACCCCAGUUUUUUGAGCCCUGAGGAGCCCCCCGAAAGUGAAUUAAUCCCCACUGUGAAAACUGAGCCCGAAAGUGAGCUCAAGAACUUCCACUGCACGCUAUGCCCGUUCAAAACGAAAUGGAAAAACAGCCUUCGGGGCCACAUGAAAAUCCACAGCUCGCCCGAAUUCGUGAAACUGUACCGUUGCCGAAAAUGCGCCUACAAAACCAAAUGGAAAAACUAUCUCGCCAAACACACGCGCAUUCACAGCGCCCCCGAUUGCCUGGACAUGUACAAAUGUACAACGUGCAGCUUCCAGACCAAGUGGAAGACCAGUCUCAAGAUGCACGAGUCGAUUCAUUCGAUCAAAGACACGAACUUGAAGAUUUACAAGUGCACCAAGUGCCCGUUCGAGUCCAACUGGAAGCAGUACUUGAACCGCCACAUCAAGUCACACUUGCCCGAGAGCUUGCAAAAGCACAAAUGCCCCGAGUGUAGCUUCCAAACCAAAUGGAAGCAAUACUUGAAGGAACAUAUGAAGAUACACUCAGCUCCUAACACCGUCAAGCAAUACCAGUGCGAGAAAUGCCAGUUUAGCACCCGCUGGAAGCAGUAUUUCAAAGAGCACGUCAAGCGGCAUACUUCGCCCAAAAAAACCAAAAGUCACAAAUGCACCGAGUGUAUCUUUGAAGCCGACUCGAAAGUCACCCUCGCGCGCCACUUGCACAAAGUCCACGAUAUCGUAGACAAAAUCGAGUAUUUCCAGUGCUCCGAGUGCAUGUUUAAGACCAGAUGGAAGCAGUACUUGAAGCGCCACAUCAAGCUCCACGACGAGACCGCUAGUUACAAGUGCCCCGAAUGCCCGUUCGAAACCCGGUGGAAGAACAGUCUGAUCGGCCACCAAACCGUCCACAGCCAGGCCAAACCCACGGCACUCUUCCACUGCACCGUGUGCCCCUUCCAGACCAAGUGGAAGAACAGUCUCGCCGGGCACAUGGCCAUCCACAGCCCCCUCGACCCGUCGAAAAUGCACCAAUGCCCCUCAUGCCCCUUCCAAUCCCGCUCGAAAACCUACCUAAAACGCCACAUCAAAAUCCACACCGGCGAGCACGAGGAGACGUUCUCAUGCCCCCAAUGCCCCUUCCAAACCAAAUGGAAGCAGUACUUCAAAGAGCACGUCAAGAAACACGCCCCGGACCAAAGCCCGCUCUUCAAAUGCCCGGAGUGCGAGUUCACCAGCAAGUGGAAGCAGUACUUCCGGGAGCACGUCAAGAAGCACCAGAACCCGGAGCUGUUGAAGCAGUACGCGUGCGAGGAGUGCGACUUCACCACCACCUGGCGCAAGUGCUACCGGGAGCAUGUCAAGCAGCACAGCACGCCCGAUAAGGUGUACAAGUGCACCAGUUGCAAGUUCAAGACCAAGUGGAGGCAGUACUUCCGCGAGCACGUCAAGAAGCACCAAAACCCCGAUCUGGUCAAGCUGUACAAGUGCACGAUCUGCUCGUUUAUCACCAUCUGGAAGCAGUAUUUUAAGGAGCAUGUCGAGCGACACAACUCCACGCAGAUUUAUAAGUGUGCCAAGUGCGAGUACGAGGGCGAGUCGAGGUAUUUCCUGGCCAAGCACGUGAAGGAGGCGCAUUGCCAGGCGGAGGUGAAGACGUACAAGUGCGAGAAGUGCGGCUUCACGACCAAGUGGAAGGAGAGCAUCAAGUCGCAUCUGAGGGUGCACUCGAAUUCGAAAACUGCCAAGAUUUAUAAGUGUGCGGUUUGUAUGUUUGAUACCAAGUGGAAGAGUAGUUUCAACUCGCACAUGAAGAUGGUGCAUAGUAAACCAGAGGUGCAGAAGAAGUAUAAUACGAGGCGGAGCAAGACUGGAGAAGAGUGCAAUUGAAAGGAAAGAAGGCUCAUAUGAAUAUAAUGUUGAUGUUUUUAAAAUUAUAUUUAAGAAUCUCUAUGUUAGGGUCAUAUCGUUCGUGUUAAUCUUAUAUACUCUGCUGGCUUGUAACCCAACACUAUUAGGAGAGAACAAUAAUUGCUGUAUCUACUUUUUAUUUUAAAGAUUUUAUUUACAAUGUGACAAUAGAAAUAUUCAUUUUAAAA